AUGCUGGAAAGGGUCCUCCUGCGUCUCCUCCCCUCCCUCCUGUUCUCCAGUCCUCACCUCCACUCCUCAUUUCCCGUUCACCCACGAGAAGAGCUCCAGCCGUCCAGCAUCAUGUCCUCAGACGUCCAGCUGCGUGACCAAACGGACCCACAGACCACCUGCGACCCGGAGAGCGAAGACCCCGAGAGCGACUGAGAGCAGGUGCCUGAAAUCAUAAGCCCUGCCUAUACGAAAGAGACCAGCUGUACCCGUGUCCGGACACCAUGGAUACAAUAAACUUCACCUUCUGGAAUGCAUCUGAUGGCAACGAGACGACAGAGACAGUGGACGAGAGUCCAUAUAAGACAGUGGAGGUGGUGUUCAUUGUACUGGUGGCCGGCUCACUUAGUCUGGUCACUGUGAUCGGGAACAUUCUGGUCAUGCUCUCCAUCAAAGUGAACAGAAGCCUGCAGACUGUCAACAACUACUUCCUGUUUAGCCUGGCCUGUGCUGACCUCAUCAUUGGCCUCUGCUCUAUGAACUUGUAUACAGUCUACAUUGUGAUUGGAUACUGGCCACUCGGGCCUGUUGUGUGUGAUUUGUGGUUAGCGUUGGACUAUGUGGUGAGCAACGCUUCGGUCAUGAACCUUUUGAUUAUCAGCUUUGAUCGUUACUUUUGUGUCACCAAGCCGCUAAGCUACCCAGUAAAGAGGACGACCAAAAUGGCGGGGAUGAUGAUUGCGGCCGCCUGGGUGUUGUCCUUUAUCCUCUGGGCCCCAGCCAUCCUGUUCUGGCAGUUUAUUGUCGGUGGGCGAACAGUGCCAGAGAAAGAGUGCUACAUUCAGUUCUUUUCGAACGCGGCGGUCACGUUCGGCACGGCCAUAGCCGCUUUUUAUCUACCGGUCAUCAUUAUGAUGGUGCUGUACUGGCAGAUCUCCCGGGCCAGUAAGAGCCGUGUCAAGAAAGACAACCGGAAGCCGUCGGGCGCCAUCCCCGACGUUGCUUCUCCGAGUCAGACUCGCGAAAACACCACCAACAAACCUACCAACAACAACGUGCCGGCCGAGGAAGCGGAUCGAGGUCAGACCCAGAUCACAGAUGACGCGGCCAACCAGCACGACGCCAAACUUCAGAACGGCAAAGCACCGUCUACGGCCAGCGGAGAAGUGGAAGCGGAGGAGGCCGUAGGAGGUAACUGCGUCCCCGCGGAGGAGAAAGAAAGCUCCAACGAUUCCACCUCGGGCAGCGGAGCCGUAACGAAUCAGAAAGAUGAAGCGGCACCGUCUACAGCCAAUGACGGCCAGGCUCCCGUCAGGCACCGCGCCAAGCCUGGAGGUUCCAAACUUACUUGCAUCAAGAUCAUCACCAAAUCGCCCAAAGGAGAUUGUUAUGCUCCCUCGAAUGCGACGGUGGAGAUCGUUCCAGCAACCGAGAGGCAGAACCACGUGGCCAGGAAGAUCGUGAAGAUGACCAAGCAGCCGCCCAAGAAGAAAAAAGCGCCGUCCUCUCGGGAAAAGAAGGUGACGCGCACCAUCAUGGCCAUCCUGGUGGCGUUUGUGGCUACGUGGACGCCCUACAAUGUGAUGGUCCUCAUUAAUACCUUCUGCUCCAGCUGUAUUCCCAACACGGUGUGGACCAUUGGAUACUGGCUCUGUUACAUCAACAGCACCAUCAACCCCGCCUGCUACGCCCUGUGCAACAUCACCUUCAAAAAGACAUUCAAACAACUGCUGCUCUGUCAGUAUAAAAAUAUACGCUCCACUCGAUGAGCAGCAGUGUAUGUGUGUGCGUUUGCAUGCAUGUAUUUCUAUAUUUUACAUGUGUGUUUUGUGAAAAAGGUAUGUGUGACUGUGUGUAUACGUGAAAACGAAUGAUCGUGUGACUGUCCGAAGUCUUGUUCCCACCGACAACGGCUGGAAGUCACAGAGUCUCGUAGGUAGCCGCGAUAUGCAGCUGUAUAAAUCCCACCGUAGUCCGUGCAUCAUGUGCCUGCUCAUUUACAUAAAGCUGAACUCUGCUCAAUUUUCUCACAUCGCUGGUAUGUCAGUGUCAAUUGCCAGCUCUCAUUGAAAAUGAGUGACUUCCAGCCGCUGCAAAUCGCUGUUAGUGUGAACGGCCAUUAAAGAGUGAGAUUGAAAAGUGAAUCUACCCCACAACUCUGCAAAAUUUCUCCAGACCCGUCAUUCACAAAGUUUUACGAAUCCCCAGAUCCUUGUUUGGUGAAUCUCAUUACGCUUUCAGUUACCAAUAAGGCUGGAAUACGCUCAGCUCCAUUUAACACAGUUUAAAAAUUGGGUUUAUACCCAGUCGACAGAUUUUCUUUUGAAACCACUGCAGAAACACAAAAGUCUGGGCCUGUUAUGUGUGUGUGCGUGUGUGUGUGUGUGUGUUCAUUGUUUUUUAUAGAUAAUAUUAUUGUAGCACUUUACACACAUAGAUGUGAUGCAUGUCUCAAAAGAAGGAAAUGAACUGCUCAACUAUUUGAUUCAUUGCUAAAAUGACAAAUAAUUCAGUUGGUCAGAUUAGAGUCUGUACUAUACAGUAAUACACAAAUAAGGGACACAGGGCUGACUGAAGAUCCAAACCAAAUGUGUUUGAGCUUCAGUAUAAAAUCAUUACCUGUAUAUAAGUGUACAGUACAUAAUGACGUAGUGUAUUUGUGUUGAGUGUGUGCUAGCAUGCUGAAUGAUGUCGGAGAGGUUGAUUUGAAUAGAAUGUCUGUUGAAGCUCAUUUAUAGUCAUUUCACUUCUAUACUGAUGUAUUUCACAAUAUUUUACAAUAUAAAUGUGAGAUGAAAAGUAUCUGAUGCAUCACAGAAGAGAGGCAUGUGUGAAUUAGUACUUAAAAAAAAAUGUAAAAAGACAUUUUUAUUUUGGAAUAACGUGCACUAAUAAAUCCUGCACAAAAUGACAGGAACGAUUUUCAGUUUGACAUUGACUUAAAGUUUGGAUCAAAUGGAGUGUUGCGACAGGUAGCCGGUGCCGGGUGUGUGUGUGUGUGUGUGUGUGUUCUCUCAGAGAGCAACGAGAGAUGUGGAGAGGCUCUCGGCUGUCCCGUAUGUUAAAGUGGAUGAGUUUUGAGUGCUCGGGGGCUCUGGGGAUGCAAAUCUAAACCUUUUAAAGUGAGCAGACAUGCAGGAUAAAGAGGCUCUCACAGACACGCACACAUUAGCAUCCAGCUCACCUCUGCUUUGCAUUUACACAAAACAGUUCACUCGUGGCUGAGCUGAAAAAUGAAAACACCAGCCACAUACAGAGCGAAAAGUGUGGUAAUUUACAUCUAAUACUCCAUAGUUAGUGGCCAAACCGUAAAACACCUCUCAGAGUUCUUAUUAAAAGGCCAAAUGAUUUUUGGCUCAUUGUAAAUGACAUGAGACGCUGAAAACGUACCCUUUUGUGUAGUCUGCGUACACGUGCCGCUCUAAUGACCCGAUCAUACUCUGAUCUCUCACUUCAUGAUGUGCCUGCAGGGGCUUUGUUUGUUUUGGGAAUUUUGCUCCUGUCUCCCAAAGCUGUUUGUGUAUGUUUGUGUAUGCACGCGUGUGUGUGUUUGUGUGAUUGAUCACCCCGGAAAGGGGUUUAAACUAAAUCACAGGUUUUGGCCUUGUGAAUUUAAAGGGCUAAAGUAUAUAAGCUUUCUCAUCUCAUCACGAGCCACUGUGUCACCAUACGUCAGUUUUGAUUCAUUAAAAUCAGACAUACAGAAUCCUGCCUAAAGCAGAAGAUUAUGGGAUCAAUCAAUCCGUUGAUCAGAGACGUGCAGCUCAGACAUGACAGUGAUGAAUGUUGAGGGAAUACUGUAGAUCUCAAGCCGAGAGAUGAGCUUUGAUGUCUUGUUUGUUUUGUAGGGGAUGCUCUUGUACUUUCUGCGGUUGAUGAUUACUGUAAUUCUGAAACUGAAAUCUACAAAUGUUCAGAGUCUCACGUGGUUAAAGACACUUACAUCAAUGUACAGUGGUAACCAUAGUUUUUGCAAAAAUACCAAAUAUGCUACAAUUAUUUUUUGUGGAAUCAUAAUGAUUAACCAUAAAACAAUAAAUAAAGCAACUUUUUCAAAAGCUGUCAGAGUGUUAAUAAUACAUUGCCUCUGU